UGUGAGUAUGUGACAUGUCCUUAGCAAAGACAAACACAAACACAUUUAUACUAUAUUCUCUAAUAUCCAGUACUGUUAUUGCUUAGUACUCUAUCUGAGGCUUGAAAAUUAAUGCAGCAUUAGCAGCCAUGGCAGAACUUUGUGAUCUUCGAAUCAAUAUCAAUGGUCAGCAAACAUUCUUCCUGAAUGAGAAAGUAAUUUUGAAGUUUUCAGGGAAAUUACGGAAAUUUGUCAGGAAUGAAAAGAGAAGAGCCCAGAUCAAGAAUUCAGUGAUUCAAAUUGAUGGUUUUCCAGGAGGACCUUCUGGUUUUGAGCUGGUUUCGAGAUUUUGUUACAACAGUGAUACUAGUAUGAUAACUGUGUCGAAUGUCUGUCUCCUUUAUUGUUGUGCUGUGUUUCUGGAGAUGAAUGAGAGAGUCUCAGCUCUCAAUCUACUGCACCAGACAGAAACUUUUCUUGAAGAAAUGUUUUCGUGGUCUCAGAAAGAAAUUCUAACUUCCCUAGUAAGCUGUGAAUCCAUCUUUGCAUUUGCAGAUUCCUCUGGCCUAAUUGAAAAACUCUUGAACAUGCUUCUUGCAAAAAUUGCACAAAAUUCAGACAUUUUUGUUUGCUCAUCUUCGUCAUCAUCUUCUCCCGAAGCUACUGCAUCUCCAUUCAGGCUGUCUUCCUCAAUGAAAAGCGCCACUCCUGAAGUUCUAGGCAUCAAAAGAAGCUCAUCAAGAUCAUUAUGGUGGUUUGAUGAACUAACCAUUUUACCACCUAUCAUUAUAGAAAGAUUUGUCAAGCUUUUCGGUGCUCAUGGUACUGAUGACUCCAGUUUACUCUUAACAAGGUUCAUCCUGAACUACCUGAAAACCAGUGCUCAAUCAAAACACUGCCUAAUGAUCAAAACUUACUCCAAAUUGGAGUAUUCUAGGUUAGCAGACACAGCUGUUUAUGGGGUCAUUUCCACUGGACAAUCUUUGUUUUCUUGCAGAGGAUUGUUCUGGAUAUUGAGACUUGUCUCGACUUUUGGUAUAAGUAGAGACUGCAGGACUGGUUUAGAGGGACUGAUCGGUUCUGUUCUUGAUCAAGCAACAUUGGAUGAUUUAUUGGUUUCUGCAAAUGAUGGACAUGGGGUUUACGAUGUCAAUCUUGUGGUGAGAUUGGUUAGAGUGUUUGUCUAUACUUAUAGUAAAGAAGAGUAUUUACAGAAGAUAAAGAAAGUUGGCUGGUUAGUUGAUAAGUAUAUAAGAGAAAUAGCUCCUGAUCAGAACUUGAAGAUCUCCAGAUUCCUUCGCAUUGCAGAGAGUUUAACAGAUUGUGCAAGAGAUUGCUUUGAUGGAGUAUACAGAGCUGUUGAUAUCUAUCUCGAGUCUCAUCCUUGUCUAACACUGGAAGAGAGAUCAAGGCUAUGCAGAUGUCUGAACUACAACAAGCUAAGCCUAGAAACAUGCAAAGAGCUAGCAAAAAACCCGAGAAUCCCCCCAAGGGUGGCAGUCGAAGCUCUUGCUGCUCAGAGCUGCAGAUCAAUCAGCAACAACAUUACUAAUUCUCCCCCAUUCGACCCUUCUCAUGUAAACCGUUCCCAUUCUUCCAAGUAUUAUCAUCCAGCCAUGAUCAAUGUCGCGAUAAAAAAGCACAGCCAAAUGGCCUUGUACAGAGGUGGUGGCCAUAAUAUCAUGAUCAAUGACUGUAAACUCGACACGGGAUUUAAAGAUGAUCAAGAAGAGAUGAUAAGUGCGGCAGAAGAGAAUGAAAUGAUGAGGAUGAACCUUGAAAGGAUGCAGUGGAGGGUUAUGGAGCUGGAGAAAGUUUGUAAGGGGAUGAAGGGCCAAAUGUCAAGAAUGGGAAAGAGUGGGAAGUCUCCUCUGAUUUCUCAGGCUCCAAGUAAAGGAUUGCCAAGAUUUUGCUAGCUAUGUUUCUGUCCUUGUAAUAUUUUUUGACCUUGUGGAACAUGGUUACCUUCACUGCCUAAAUAAAUGUUGUUAUAUAAAAAAAGUUUCAACAA